CUUCACCACGAACCCCCCCACAAAUCAGAGCACACUUCUCCGCAGCUUCAUCACUCAUAAACAGGCACGAGCACAUUAUCCACUUCUAUCAUCACACUAGCCCAGUGCAGACGUACUCCAAUGGACCCUUUCUCUUCCUUUUCCGAUCCCAGCUCCAACUGCUUCGACUUCGCCGAGUCGUCGUCCUCGUCGCCGAUGUCUGACGGCAGGAGUGCCGCUGCGGGGGCAGCGCUCGAGGGGAACUUCUCCGACGAGGAGGUGGUCCUCCUCGCGUCGCACCACCCGAAGAAGCGGGCGGGAAGGAAGAAGUUCCAGGAGACGCGCCACCCGGUGUACCGUGGGGUGCGGCGGCGCAACUCGGGCAAGUGGGUCUGCGAGGUCCGCGAGCCCAACAAGAAGUCCAGGAUCUGGCUCGGCACGUUCCCCACCGCGGAGAUGGCGGCGAGGGCGCACGACGUGGCGGCGCUCGCGCUGAGGGGCCGGUCCGCCUGCCUCAACUUCGCGGACUCCGCGUGGCGGCUUCCCGCGCCGGCGUCGGCGGACGCCAAGGACAUACAGAAGGCGGCAGCCAAGGCCGCAGAGGAGUUCCGGCCGGCGGAGUCGGAGGACGUGAUGUCGGGGGACGAGAAGAAGUUGAAUUCGGAGGAGGGAGUGCUGUACGACGACGAGGACAUCUUCGGGAUGCCAGGGCUGCUCGCAAAUAUGGCGGAGGGGAUGCUCUUGCCUCCACCACAAUGCGGCGGAGAUGGAUAUGGCGGCGAGGACGAGGGGAAUUUGGAUGCAUACGUGUCGUUAUGGAGCUAUUCCGUCUAAAUCAUUGCUCCAUUUCACUUGUAGUUUCCGUUGUUAGGGGCGACUUUGAUGCCGUACUUAGAAGUUUUUUAAAUGGAGUGCGGAUACAAGGUGAAGGGUAUGAAAAAGAAGAUGUUUUCGGAAGCCA